UUUCUAUCUCUAAUAUUCUCCCUCUUUCUUCCAGAAAUUGAACCCAGUGGUGCUACAUCCACUGAGCUACAUCCCCAGCCCUUAUUUUAUUUUGAGACAGGGUCUCACUAAAUUUCACAGGCUGGUAUUGAAUUUGCGAUCCUCCUGCCUCUGCCUCCCAAGUAGCUGGGAUCCCAGGUGGUCAUGUGCCAGUCUUCCAGUGGCCUCGGGUUCUUCUUGCUGUCAUAACUGGUCUCCUGGGGCAUCAACAAAGACAAAACAGAGAAAUCCUUCUGUAAAAAGAACAGCAUUUAUCCCCAGUGGCUUCUCACAAGCUUUCAAAGGGAAAAGGUGGAAUGGGUCACUCCUCCUAGAGCGAGUCCAGCCCAUGCUCAGGAUGCGGAGCCAUUGGCCAAGGGAUCCCGGGCUCCAGCAGUCCCGCUCCCCUCCGUACCUUAACAAACAUGAAAAACAAGUGCAGUUUCUUCAUGGGCCCCAACUCCACCCUCUCAGGUGGAAAUGUUUCUUUGGAGACUCAGCGUUGGCAAAGUUUCUCCCACCAGAUGACCAGGGCUGCCCGGGUGUCAGUGACGUGGCCGGUUCCUCUGAGAAACAGCAAAGACUUUGUCACGAAGGUGACUCAGGUAUCAGUGUCUACGUGAAAGGAAGGACUUCUCUCACACUGAGGGCGGUGGCUUUCCGAUCGCGGGUAAGGGCCUCCCCAACAGCUCUGUCUGCUCCGUCCUCCUGUGCGGCUGCCGGCCGGGUGGGAGGGCUGCUCUCAGUCCGCCCUCUGAGUUCCCUGGGCUUCCGGAAGGGCCCGAGAAGGAGUAAGAGGAGCCGGCGAGGCGAUCGGCGCCCAGGGCGGUGCACUGAGGCCCUGCAGUCUCCGCCCGUGUCACCCUCUGUGAUGCUCCCCGGUGUCCUCGCCGCCGGCCCCAGCAUCACAGCCACACACCUCGGACUCAGCUUCAUCGUCAGGCGCGGGUGGUUUCCCCGCCCUGCAGACGGCAGCAGCGCUGUCUCUCAGCGGAGAGCAGAGAUGGAGGGCAGCGGCCCUCCUGCCCCUCCUCCAGGUCCCUGCAGCGGGCCGCGUUCUCUCCUUACGUCCCCUCGGUUCCAGGACACUUGUGCCGGGACCCCCCCCAGCUCCCAAUCUUCUCAAGGACUCCCCUGCGUGCCGCCUCUUUCUCUAGCCUCUGAUCCCCUCUCUGUCUCUACUGGACCAUCCUCAUUACUGUAA